AUGUUUUCAAGAGAAGUUGUCAUAUUAAAUUUUGAUAUAAAUACGAUCGCGAUUGCCUUCCUGAGUUAGUAUUUGUUGUGAAGCAAAUAAAAUCACUACAACCAUGAAAUUCUUUAUUGUUGCUUUGAUCUUCGCUUUGGUAGCCGCUGUGUUCGCUGCACCAAACCAACACGGUGGACACGGUGGACACGGUGCUCACGGUGGAGGUCACGGACUUUUGGGUGAAAAUGGUGCCGGAAUCUACCACGGCAACCAAGGUGGACACGCUGGUCAUGGCGGAAGUCACGGACGUUUAGGUGAAAAUGGUGCCGGCAUCUACCACGGAAACCAAGGUCAACAUGGACAACAUGGUCAACAUGGUCAACAUGGAGGACAUCAUCAAGGACAUCAUUAUUAAAUAAUGUAAAUGAAAUAUUAGAAAUUUUAAAUUGUAAAAAUGAUAAAAAUUUUAUAUUACUGUUAAAUAAUUCGAUUAAUAAA